GCUAAACUAACCUUUAAAUUUUAAAAUUGUUCAGAAAUUAUUUAAAUUUAAAUGAAAAUAAAGAGAAUUUUUGUCAUCGUGUUUUAAAAAGGCAUAUCUGCUAUUAAAAUUUUCGUUCUGGGAAGUGCAGUUUUUUUGUGGAGUAUUCGAAAUGUGUUUAGGAUACAAAAACAUUUCCUAAUAAAAAUGAACGACUCAGUUACAUGUCAUUUACUCAAUUUAGAAACAAACAAGAAAAUUAAUUUACCUCAUGGGGAAGUAAUAAUUCUUGGACGUAAUGAAGAAACAGAAAAUCAAGAUUUGUAUGUAUCAAAAAACCAAAUUGAGUGUAGUGCCGAUACUGACAAUUAUAAAGUUAAGUUAAAACCAAUUGGUCGGUCUAUAUGUGGUAUAGAUGGUUAUGCAGUGUCAAAAGACAAAACAUACACAGUUGGGCAUGGCCAUAGAAUAGAAUUGCGAUUAGGAUAUCACGAACAUGAAAUUGUUUUUGAUCCUCCACCAGAAGAAAAUAUAACUCAAGUGGCGAAAAAGCCUAAACUAGAUUUUCCAAUAUUUAAUUUAAAAAAUGAUAGUGAUGUACAAUCAAAUGAAAAAGAACCAUAUCCCGACGUUGGAAAAUGGGAAGACAUUGACAGAAAAGAAUUACUCAUAUACACUGCAGCAAAUUGUAAAGGAAAAGCAAAAAUAGCAGCAUUUGAUGUAGAUGGGACCAUAAUAAAAACUAAAUCAGGAGCAAGAUUUCCGAAGGAUGGAGAUGACUGGCAAUUGUAUAUUCAAGACAUACCACACCAUUUAAAAAAGUUAAAUGACGAUGAAUUUAAAAUAGUAUUUUUUACAAACCAAUCAGGAAUAGGAAAAGAUUCCAAGAAAAUAAAAGAAUUUAAAAGAAAGAUAGAAAAUAUUGUUUCAAAGAUUUCUUUACCAAUUCAAGUGUUUAUUGCAACUGGGAAAUCGGCUUAUAGAAAACCAGUCCCAGGAAUGUGGAAUGUUUUAGUUGAUGAGAAAAAUGAUAACAUCUGUAUCGACAAGAAAAAUUCUUUUUAUGUGGGGGAUGCAGCUGGUAGAGAAAAAAAUUGGGCUGUUAAAAAAAAUAAAGAUCAUUCUAUAGCUGACAGAUUAUUUGCGAUUAACAUUGGAAUAAAAUUCUAUACACCAGAAGAACAUUUUUUAAAAGCGAAGCCUGUUGCAUAUACAAUGCCUGACUUUGAUCCAAGAAACUUAUCUGUUGCUAGUUAUCCCGAGGUGAAAUAUAAUAAACCUAACGUCAUUAUAAUGGUUGGUGGCCCUGGGUCUGGCAAAAGUUAUUUUUGUUGUAAAGUUCUAAUCGGUAAGGGCUACAUUCAUAUAAGCAGAGAUAAACUAGGCUCUUGGCAAAAAUGUGUGAAUUCUUUAGAAGAAAAUCUUGAGCAGAAACAAAAUUGUGUUAUAGAUAAUACAAAUCCUGACAAAGAAUCCAGAGCAAGAUUUGUUCAAGUAGCAAAAAAGUUUAAUAUUGAUUGUUACUGUUUCCUUAUGACGACAAACUUUAAACAAACCAAACACAAUAAUAAAUUCCGUGAACUGACUGAUCGAUCUCAUGAGCCUGUGAGUGAAAUUAUCAUAAAUAGUUACAAAAACAAAUUUCAGGAGCCAGAGAAGUCUGAAGGAUUUAAGGAAAUAGUGAAGAUCCCAUUUGUUCCGCAGUUCAACAAUACUGAAGAUGAGAGGCUUUAUAAAAUGUUUUUACUGGAAAAAUAAUGUUGUCUUUUAAAUAACCGCCUUAUACUUAUUGCUUAUAAAAUCAAUAAAUAUAAAUAUAUAAUUUUUCUAUCAAAAUUUGUUGAAGUAUUAUUAUAAUUUACAUCUUUCAUUAUUUUAUUUGGAAAUCAUUGUGACAAACCAAAUACUGUCAGAAACGAGUGUUAUAUAU